GUGUACCAGCUGCACUGUGAACAUGUAUUAACCAAAAGGUGUGUCAGCAACACGUGGGAUCACCUCGCAUUAAGUUCAAAAUGAACAUCAGCCAACAGAUAUCAAAUCAAGAAUGUAGAGCCAAAUGCCUAAUUUACGCAUGACGCACGGCCCAACAGUCCAUUGUAUGACUGUUCGCUGCGUUUCCUUUAAAUUUCCACCCGGUGGUCGUGACUCCUGAGUUGAACUUUGAGACCUGCAGACAACGCUGGAACGAGCAAGUGCGUUGUUUCUUCACGGAUCAAAAGCCAACGAGUGACGCUCCUUUUUAAUUGUCUCCUUACCUCAACAAGCAGUGGAGAGGACGCUGGCUCCUAACAUGCCUCGUUCUGGUUCUACCGCCAGUCACCGCGUUUAACUGGGGAUUUUUCGCUCUGAACAUUUCAAACAUUACAUUUUGAACAAUGAGGCCGCCGGUGGAAGUCUCCGUGUUUCUUCUCUCUCUCUUGGCUCCUGGAGUUUUAUACACGUUGAACAACAUCCCUGCGCUCCAGGAACCUCUACCUAUCCUGGGGAUGGGACUGGUCGUCCUGGGAUCUGUUCUUCUCCUCCUCCUCCUCACUGUGCGACACAAGAUAAGAGUGGACCCUUUAUUCUACGCGUUCGCAGAGUUUUCCUUCACCUGCAUGGUGGGACUGACGAAUGCUUUAGAGCAAGAUGGGCUCAUCUCUGGCUUCAUGGGCUUCUAUCUAAAGAUGGGUGAGCCUCAUCUGAUUACUGCCUAUGCUGUGAUGAUGUCUUACUGGGAAGGCGUCUUUCACUUUGUCCUCUUCCUCUUUAUCAUCCACCGCAUGUUUAAAGGGAAGUCCUAUCGAAGCCUGGGCCUGCUGUGGACGGGCUCCUCCAUCGCCCACCAAAUUGUUCUCAUCCCAGGAGUGGUUGUCGGUAAAUACGGGUCUAACAUUCGGCCAGCCUUUUGGAGGAACCUCCCGUUCUUCGUGGUGCCUUUCUGGGCUGCGUCUGUCCUCUUCAGCAGACACAGAGAGAUGUCAGUUGUCACAGCAGACAAGAUUGCAGCAGAGCAGAAGAAAAGUCUGCUGUUCCGGCCGGUCGACCUGCUUGUGUCACUUCUCUUAAUGGGAGCCAUGGCCUUCUCAGUUUUCAGAGGCUUUGUGGUGCUGGACUGUCCCCUGGACACCUGUUUCACCUACAUCUAUCAGUACGAGCCCUACCUCAAAGACCCAGUCGGCUUCCCCAGGGUUAUGAUGCUGGUGUAUUUAUUCUACGCUCUGCCCCUGAUGACUGUCUUCAUCUAUGGUCUGAAAACACCAGGGUGCAGCUGGAUGUUAGACUGGACCAUCUUCUUUGCUGGAGCCAUGGCUCAGACCCAGUGGUGCCAUAUCGGCGCAUCUCUGCACUCCCGCACUCCCUUCACGUACCGGGUCCCUGCUGACAAAUGGUGGCCUGUUAUCACCCUCAACGUACUGCUGGCUGUGGUGCCGGCUCUGCUGGCCCUGCGCUGCCACGCCAGCCCCACCUUUUUUAUGAAACCUGUCCCCAAGGGACAGACCAACAACGAGAAGAAGAAAAACUAAACCUCACUCCAGCCACGGACUGUCGAGGAAUACGUCAUGCUAUGACAAGGCUAAUGUUUUCUGGGACUCUCUGUUGUGCACAAACUGCUUAAAACACCCAAUUUUUCAACCUUAAAACCCAGAGAAAGUCUACAAACAUCCGUCACCUGGCGCAGCACUCCCUGCAUGGACUAUUGGACCCCUGAUAAGAAAGCAGUUGAUGAAGUAGAGGGCUGUGAUCAUCUCGCACAGCUUUCAGGUGACUCAUGCAGAUACAGAGAUGGUAUCUAUCCAAACUGAGACAGUUAACCUGAAUAUAUUGGUCAGCAACACACCACCAGAGAGUGAAAGUCUUAUUAUAUAUUUUCUAUGCAGAAAUCUACAACAAAACUCCACAGCUUUAAGUUUGUUUGUACUGGGUCAGUGAAAAGUAAAACUACAGAGUAUAGUAACUAAAAUAGUUUGUGAUAAGGGAGAUGGCAGGAGAUGUUGUCACUGCACCGAUCAAGUUGUGAUUGAUUGAUUAAUAAUUGUGUCUAUAAAAUGUCAAUAAAUAAUAAAGAAUCAAAGUUUCCUACAGUCUCAACAGUACAAAUCUUUAGGUUUUCAUCGAUAUAGAAAUAAGAGAACCCGCUAAAGAACCUGAAAUGAGAAAUGACUGUUUUGGUAAUAUAUAAUUAGCUCUGUUCAACUCAUAAAUUGAUCAGCCAAUCAUUCUUAUUACCUCAGUGUCUCGUAGUUUACUUUAUUUUGUCCAAUAAAAACAAAUGGUGCCAUA